ACUGUUAACUUGUUUCUAAAUUAUUUACUUAAAUCUGUAUAAUUUAUUUUUCCUACGUGUUUAAUUUGUAAUUAAAAAUAUAAUCUUUUAAAUUAUGUUUUCUAAACUUUAAAAGAAAAUGUCUUAUCUAUCUGUCACAGAUAUUUUAGUUAGUAACGAAAAAGUGCCUUGUAAAUUUCUUCACGAUUUGCCUAAGUUAGGUUUUCUGGAUCCAUCAUGUACUGAUGAUGAUUUGAAAGCUGGAACAAGUGUAGAAAUACCUAUAUGGCUGGCUGAGUCUUUAUCUUCAAGGAGACCACCACUAGUAACAGUAGAUUUGCCUAAAGUUUACAAAGAAACUUACAGAGAAAUAUUCAGUGCUGAUGCAUGUACUGUAGAUCUGCAUAAAUUGGCUCAAUACUUCUAUGAACUAGGGUGCUAUGUUGCAAAAUAUGAUAUAAAAGGAGAGGUAUCAACAACUCUAGUAAAUACAUUUAGACAGAGAUUUAAGAUGAUUCUAUCAGCAAGUGUAGCAACUGAUUCUAUAAAUGCUUUACAACCAUUGUCAGAAUGUGAAAGAGAUCAUACAGCAGCGGCUAUGACAACAGAAAAAGCUUUAUCUUCUUGGCUUAAGAGAGGAGAAUCAUUAUUGACAACUGCUACUAUGGUAGCUAAUCAUAGAAAGAGGAAAAGAGCUGAAAUGGAAAUGUUGUGAUAUAUGAAAUUGUAAAUGUGGGUUGAAGUUAUUUCCUAUAAAUAAGAAAAAGGCAAAGAAAAAAUACUUACAACCUAAUAUUCUUAUUUAUUUUAAAAUAUUGUACAAUUAGCUUAAUCAUAUUAAAAUACCUAUCGACUAUUAGAAACUAAGACAACUUUUGACACACUUAAUCUAACAAUAUUUUAUCACUAAGUUUUAGUUAAAAUGAGAUCAUUACCAAGGAAAGCAUUUAAUUAAAUUAAGAUGAUUCUACAAUUAAUCACUAAUGUUUGAAGUGCUUAAUCAUUAAUUAUUAUGAUGUUAUUUAUAAAAAGACAAUAUAUUUUUUGAGAUUU